AUGAGUGAUGCACUGAUUGAAGAAGUGUCUGUUGAUAAAACAGUUGAAGAAGUUUUGAUAGAUGAUGUGUCUGUUGAUAUAGUUCUAGUAGUUGAUGCACUGAUUGAAGUGCUUGUUGAAUGUGAUGUGCCUGUUGAUGAAGCAGUUGAUAUAGUUUUAGUAGUUGAUGUGUCUGUUGAUGUAGUUCUAGUAGUUGAUGAACUGAUAAAAGUGCUUGUUGAUUGUGAUGUGCCUGUUGAUGAAGCAGUUGAUAUGAUAAUUGAUUCACUUGUUAAAGAAGUGCUUGAUGAUUGUGAUGUGCCUGUUGAUGAAGCAGUUGAUGUAGUUCUGGUAGUUAAUACACUGGUUGAAGAAGUGCUUGUUGAUGAAGCAGUUGAUGUAGUUCUCAUAGUUGAUACACCAGUUGAAGAAGUGCUUGUUGGUGAAGCAGUUGAUGUAGUUCUCAUAGUAGAUGCACUGGUUGAAGAAGUGCUUGUUGAUUGUGAUGUGUCUGUUGAUGAAGCAGUUGACAUAGUUCUCAUAGUUGAUACACCAGUUGAAGAAGUGCUUGUUGAUUGUGAUGUGCCUGUUGAUGAAGCAGUUGAUGUAGUUCUCAUAGUUGAUACACCAGUUGAAGAAGUGCUUGUUGAUUGUGAUGUGCCUGUUGAUGAAGCAGUUGACCUAGUUCUCAUAGUUGAUACAUCAGUUGAAGAAGUGCUUGUUGAUUGUGAUAUGCUUGUUGAUGAAGCAGUUGAUGUAGUUCUCAUAGUUGAUACACUGGUUGAAGAAGCACUUGUUGAUGAAGCAGUUGAUGUAGUUCUCAUAGUUGAUACACUGAUUGAAGAAAUGCUUGAUGAUUGUGAUGUGCCUGUUGAUGAAGCAGUUGAUGUAGUUCUCAUAGUUGAUACACCAGUUGAAGAAGUGCUUGUUGAUUGUGAUGUGCCUGUUGAUGAAGCAGUUGACAUAGUUCUCAUAGAUGAUACACCAGUUGAAGAAGUGCUUGUUGAUUGUGAUGUGCCUGUUGAUGAAGCAGUUGAUGUAGUUCUGGUAGUUAAUACACUGGUUGAAGAAGUGCUUGUUGGUGAAGCAGUUGAUGUAGUUCUCAUAGUUGAUACACUAGUUGAAGAAGUGCUUGUUGAUGAAGCAGUUGAUGUAGUUCUCAUAGUUGAUACACUGGUUGAAGAAGUGCUUGUUGGUGAAGCAGUUGAUGUAGUUCUCAUAGUAGAUGCACUGGUUGAAGAAGCACUUGUUGAUGAAGCAGUUGAUGUAGUUCUCAUAGUUGAUACACUGGUUGAAGAAGUGCUUGUUGAUGAAGCAGUUGAUGUAGUUCUCAUAGUAGAUGCACUGGUUGAGCCAGUUCUACGCGAUGUUGUCGACGAAAUGGUGGAGCCCGACCCAGUAGUUGACAGAGUGAUAGUUGUAGAGCUGGAAGUCGUUGAAGUGCUCGUUGAAGUGCUCGACGUGGUGGUGGUCAUGUUUGCUUCCCUCCUGUAA